AUGAUAGGGAACUUGAAUUGGGAUACCUAUGCGGUCUCAAUCUUGCGAGGAAAAGACUCGAAGGAACAGAAAAGCUGUCAUGGCUCAAAUCUCAAUGCUCUUGCUGGCCACUCCGCUCUAGUUUUCCAACAACUCGUAGCCUGGCAUGAAGAAGAUGGGCAUCCACUUGGCCGGCCAGAAGAGUAUGCGGGUACCACUUCGCAGCCCGUGCAGGGUGCCACUGCGUCGUUCACAUUCACUGGCACGCAAAUUACGGUCUUCGCCACGCUCGCCAGCAUCAAUAGCUCGGACUUAUUCGUCGAAUGUGGUAUUGACGGCCGUGUCCUGCCAAUACUGCCUACCACAACCAGCGCAUCUGACUCGCCGCCCUUCUUUCACCGCCCGGUGUUUAUCUCGGACGCGUUGACCAACGGACAGCAUACGCUCGUGAUGAAGGGUAACUCUCCCAGUCAGAGCAGCCUGUACUUUGACUACAUCAUCUAUGAAACGGACGCCCGGCGCACGAGCACCACUGGGCUCAUUGACGAUGCUGAUACUACAAAUGUGGUUUUUUCGGCGACCCAGUGGCGUCUGGACAACACGCCCCUGUUUAUGCAGCAGACGAGCAGGUAUACUGGGCAGGCGGGUGGAUGGGUCACGGUCAAAUAUGAAUUUCAGGAUGGUGAUAUCCUGUCUCUCUUUGGCACUCUUGGUUCUCAAGAUCAGCAAUUUGCCUCGCAGGGUUCGCUCUCAGCGUCAGUCUGGUUUGAUGACGGCCAACCUGUCUACUUGCCCUCCCAGAAUGCACCACCGCCUGGUCAAAUGAUAGUAAACCAAAAACUAUAUUUCUCACCGCCGUUGACUGCAGGUACGCACACAUUCAAAUUCACUUACAAUGCGGGCACACCCCUGGGAGUGGAUUACUUUCUUGUCGAAGCAGGGCCACCGGCGGACACGAGUUCUGGAGGCUCUUCGCAAGGUCUUGCUACGAGCUUGACUCGGAUCAGCGUGUCCACAAACAUACUGCCGACUCGGACUUCAUUGCGUGAAGCACCCACAACUGCUCCGGUUUCAUCUCCAGCACGUCAUGAUUCUCAUGCUGUGCCGCUCGCGCCGGUGUUCGGUGCUGUUGGCAGCAUUGUCGUCCUUCUUAUAUGCAUUUGGGUCAUACUCUGGCUUCAAAGAAGACAUGCUUGGCGGAUGAGACAGCUACGCCCAGUUCCACUAGACCUUGGGACAGUUGAGCCAAUGUCGAGAUUUCGGUCGAAGCGUGCCUUAGCUGGGGAGCGCCAGACAACAUUUCACUCAAGGGUACAGGACCCAGAGGAAGCCUUGAACGUGGCUGGAUCAUCGUUGCCAACGGAAGAGUUGGUUCGGAUAUUGAACUCUCGACUGCAGAAUGUGGUGCUUGAUGAGCAGGAAGAACCGCCAAGUUAUCCGGAGGGCAUGGGUGAGCAAGGCGCGAGAGCUUCUUGA